UUCAUUUAUAUAAAUGUUUUGUAGUGUAUAAGAAAGAAAAAAGUUCUUGAUAAAUAGUUGAGUAUAAGGGGAGGAGGCUGGUGAUGGGAGUGAUGAUCAGAUGUUCACCACCUUCACCUCAUCUGUACCUGCGUGAAAACCAUCCAGAUAGAAGAUGCCUUUUGUUUCUUGUUGUGUUUGAGUCUUUUCUAGAAGUGUGCGCAAAAAUGACAACGUAGAUGUUCUUUAUGCGUGUCCAAAUGGUGCCUAUGCAGCGUUGAAGCUUUUUAGACGUUUUACUGCACGAAAGAUGAACUCAUCUCAGCAUAUUCACUUCUCCCCGAACUGGAAAGUUGAGUCAGUAAUAAUUUCUGUCAUAUUCUCUAUCAUUUUUUUGGUUGGUACCGUGGGGAACUGUCUUGUGCUCGCAGUUCUCAUCCGCAACGGCCAGAUGAACACAAAGAGCACCAACCUGUUCAUCCUGAACCUCGGGCUGGCGGACCUCUCCUUCAUCGUCUUCUGCGUGCCUCUCCAGGCUACCAUCUACACCAUGGACGAGUGGGUUUUUGGACCCUUCGUGUGCAAAGCUGUGCACUUUAUAAUCUUCCUGACCAUGUACGCGAGCAUCUUUACUCUGGCAGCUGUGUCUCUGGACAGAUAUCUCGCCAUUCGGUACCCCUUGCGCUCAAGAGAGACAAGAACACCCCGUAAUGCGCUAACCUCCAUUAGCCUGGUGUGGGUGCUAUCGCUGUUCUUCUCCAGCCCUUAUCUCAGCUACUACCAGCAGAUGGAUCUAGACGGGACCACCCUUUGCAUGCCGGCAUGGAACAUCCAUCAUCGUCGAGCCAUGGACGUCUGCACCUUCAUAUUCGGCUACCUCAUCCCAGUCCUCAUUCUCGGCAUCACGUACGCCCGCACCAUCCGCUACCUUUGGACCUCAGUGGACCCCAUGCAGGAUAUGUCGAAAUCCCGCAAGGCCAAGCGCAAGGUGACCAAGAUGAUAAUCAUUGUGGCCGUGCUCUUCUGUUUGUGUUGGUUGCCGCAUCACUUGGUUAUCUUGUGCGUGUUGUUCGGCCACUUCCCGCUCAACCACACAACCUACGUCAUCCGCAUUCUCUCUCACCUGGUGGCGUACACCAACUCCUGCCUGAACCCCAUCGUGUACGCCCUGGUGUCUAAGCACUUCCGCAAGGGCUUUAAGAAGGUGUUUGGGUGUGCGUUCCCUAACCGGGUCGUAAACCGUAUCCACACCGUGCAGCCGGUGCAGACGGCAAGCCUGAUGGAAGCUGCCACGUGUGAAGGAUCCAAUCAUAGCGAAGGGUCAACCCGGGGUCGCCUCUGGAGCAAAAGUAGCAAGAAGAUGAUGACAAGUGCCUUCAUGACAUUUAAUGUGACAUAAUCCACUUACACUCUCAACCGCUGUCAAAUCAGUGCUCACCAAAGUAUAAAACUCCUCUUUUCCGGUGGCUUUUAACAGCAUUUGAGCUGUGAUUACAUAACAAAAGCUGUCAUAUAGGCACAGGUUGUCAGGUAGAGAGGAAGCAGUGCUUUUUGUGUUCUUGAUGAGGACGGUGACUGAUGUAUGUAAUGUAAAGUCUCUCGCGUCUGUGUUUUGUCAGUGUUGGCAGCUUUCGUCACUGUGUGGUGGUGGCUGUAUGUUUUGUGAAUGUGACUCAUAGUAGGGGUUUCCGGAGGUACGAAUAGAUUCAAUUAUCAGGACGGUGCCAACGUCAAGUUGUUUGGUUCAAACGUUCACAUGGCGAACAUUCAUAACAAUUUGAUCAUAUUUGAACAUAUUUUUAGAAUUUAUGUCACCUUAAUAUUCCUCUGCUAUUCUCAUAGUCUCAUUUUGGGUUAUUGCUAUACAGGAUCUGUUGUAGGGGUCGAUGAUAUAUAAGAGUGUCUAUGAUAAAGAAAAGGAAAAAUCAUCAUUUAAAGCACAUGUGGUCAUAUGGUUUUGUAAAACAUAUUUAUUGUUUAUAUACAUAUACAGUACCGGUCAAAAGUUUGGAAACAUUACUAUUUUUUGAAAGAAGUCUCUUAUGCUCAUCAAGCCUGCAUUUAUUUGAUUAAAAAUACAGAAAAAACAGUACUAUUGUGAAAUAUUAUUACAAUUUAAAAUAAUGAUUUUCUAUUUUAAUAUACUUUAAAAUAUAAUUUAUUUCUGUGAUGCAAAGCUGAAUUUUCAUCAGCCAUUACUCCAGUUUUCAGUGUCACAUGAUCCUUAAGAAGUCAUUGUAAUAUGCUGAUUUAUUAUCAAUGUUGGAAACACUUGUGCUGCUUAAUAUUUUUAUAACCUGUAUUCUUUCUUUUUCUUUUUUUUUUUGAAAGAAAUUAAUAGUUUUAUUCAGCAAGUAUCUGUUAAAAUUGAUAAAAAAAAUUCCUAUUGUUAGGAAAGAUUUCUAUUUUGAAUAAAUUCUGUUUUUUUUUUUUUUUUUACAUUUUAUUAAUCAAUGAAUCCUGAAAAAGUAUCACAGGUUUCAAAAAAAUAUUAAGCAGCACAACUGUUUCCAACAUUGAUAAUAACUGAGUAUCAAAUCAGCAUAUUAGGAUGAUUUCUGAAGGAUCAUGUGACACUGAAGACUGGAGUAAUGAUGCUGAAAAUUCAGCUUUGCAUCACAGAAAUAAAUUAUAUUUUAAAAUAUAUUAAAAAAUUAAAAUCAUUUUUUUAAAUUGUAAUAAUGUUUCACAAUAUUACUGUUUUUUUUCUGUAUAUUUGAUCAAAUAAAUGGAGACUAGAUGAGCAUAAGAGACUUUAAAAAUAGUAAUGUUUCCAAACUUUUGACCGGUACUAUGUUGGUUGCACCAAAUGGCUUCGUUGGUACUUAAAAUAUUUUAAGAUUAUAUAUUUCCAAAUAAGCAGUUUUGUAAAUUUUUAGGAUAGAAAUAAAGUAAUAGAAAUAAAAGAUUAUGCCAAGCUGAUAAGAUUUUAUUUUCAAAAAUUCACCCUUUUAGGACAUUAUUUUAAUAUCCCAAAAUAUUAAAAAUAAUUUUAAUUCAUAAAUUAAAAACAUUCUCUUAGUUGAAAAGGUACACUACCACUCAAAAGUUUGGGGUCAGUAAGAAGUCUCUUAUGCUUAUCAAAGCUGCAUAUUUCUGCAAAUUCUUUCUUUUUUUUUUCUUUUUUUUUUUAAUUCUUGCAGACCCCAAACAUUUGAACGGUGUUCAAGUAAUUGUAUGUAUGAAUUCCAUUUUUAAUGUAUUUUGAAUAAAUUAAAAUAUGGUUCAAAAAACGAGUCAUUGACUCGUAUAGCAAAUUUCCUAAAACUCUGAAAGAAAAAAGGUUGACUUUGUUUGCAACAUUAUAUAAAAUGUCUCAUAUACAGUAUAUCUGUACCACUACCUCUUUUGCGUCUUAUAGGUCUAUGGGUUUGUCAAGUAUGUUGUGAAUUUUAAAGAUAAUGCUUUGAAUGUGUCUUCAACUUAGGCUCAACCAAAGUGCUUAGAAAGAAUUAACAAGCCGAUUAAUGAAUAAAUAAAUGUUUCUUAACUGCAAUGAAAAUAAGUGUUGGUCUUUGUGAUGAUUUCUAAGCAACAGAGUGCAUAGAAUCAUCAGUCAAGCUGUUAUGAAACAGAUCUGCGCUAGAAUAUCCACUUAUCUUGGUUCUCCCUGGAUCUGGCUUUACUGGGAAUGUGCCAGUUGGCUGGUUCUUGCGUGUAUAGCUGCUUCAGGCUCAGCUGUUGCUUAGUGAGUUUGUGGGUAAUAUGUGCUCUCUGAUUCGCUCCAUCAGUGGAAAAAGCCCAGCGUUGCAGCCUCAUUUAACAACUUUAUUUAACCAGAUUUGUGGUUAUAUUAUACUUCCCAUGACGCUGCUUAUAUGCUAAAAAGGGAAUAAGGGCAUCUCUUUCUGAGGACC